ACGAUCGUCAACAUGGAUUCUUCCGAGCUGUACCAUGUCAAGCAACAAUUCAUCCUCGGCGCCUACAAGACUCUUAUUGGCAUGUCUCUGCCGGACGCAGAAUCCUCGGAUUUCAUCCCAAUACUGUUAUAUCAAGCUCGCGCCCACAUCGCUUUGAAUGACCCAAAAUCCGCCUUAAAACUACUCCCAGCCGACUCAGAGAAUGUAGCCAUCAAAGCGGUGACAGCGCUUGCACACUACGUGGAUACGGAGGAGACGGAGGACAAGGAGUCGGCAUUGGAGGAGCUUCGAGACCUAUCGGUGGAAAUUGAAGGCGACGACAUCGAAGGGACCGACAGGGACAAAUCUAUUGUCCGUGUACUUGCUGGUAUUGCUUUCGCUAGGGCGGGAGAAGUCGAAGAGGCUCUGGAAACACUGGGAAUCGGGACGGAAGACCUUGAAGCUGUUGCUGUUAUUGUGCAAAUAUACCUAGCCAUCCACCGUUCUGACCUCGCCAAGAAAGAGUUCGAACGCUCGAAACGUUGGGCCGAAGAUGACCUGUUGUUGCAGCUCAUCGAAUCAACAAUAAGCCUCGUCACAGGGAAGGACAGCUACUCCGACCCCUUAUCAUUCUACACAGAACAACUUGGUAACCCUUCGCUGUCUUCCCCGCAUAUCCUUACCUCCCGAGGCGUGACGCGCAUCUUGCGGGGUGAGAUGUCAGAAGCGAAGUCUGAUCUUGAAGAAUCUCUUGACCAACAAAAAGGUGAUGCUGACGCACUGGCUGCCUAUGUUGUAGCUUCUGGGCUUCAGGUACAAGAGCCAUGGACAAAACUUCUCGCUACGAUUCCUUUGCAUCCCCUCGUCAAAGAUGUCGCAUUCAAGGAGACGUUGUUUGACGAAGCUGCUGCCAAGUUCGCAGUUCCAGUGAUGGCGGAGAUUGGAGCAUAAUAGCUUCAGCUAUACAUUUCUGUCAUAGAUUAAGCUAGAUGCUUCUCAUACUUGAAUUCGACAUAAUCAUCCACUCCACGUAUGUAAG